AUGGCUUUGACUCCAUUUUUCAGAAGGGGCAUGAGCGCAUGGGAUCCAUGGGAGAACAGCCUGUUCGAUCCAUGGCUUCCAAUUUCUCGCGUGUGGGAUGCCAUGGAUUUCAGUGUGCCCACAGCGGCCUCUUCAUUUUCAAGGGACGCCAUGGCCGUGGCCAACACAAGGGUUGACUGGAAGGAAACCCCUGAAGCUCAUAUCUUCACCGUUGAUUUGCCGGGACUAAGGAAAGAGGAUCUGAAAAUUGAUUUAGUGGAGAAGAAUACUCUGCGAAUAAGCGGUGAGAGGCACAAAGAACAGGAGGAAAGGACGGAUCAGUGGCAUCAUGUUGAGCGGUCGAGCGGGCGGUUUAUGAGGCAAUUCCGUCUGCCUGAAAAUGUGAAUGUGGAUGACAUUUCUGCAAAGCUGGAGAAUGGGGUUUUGACUGUGAAUGCUCCCAAAACACACCUUGAUGCUGCUCAUGGCGGCGACGUUAAAAGCAUUGACAUUGGCAGCGCUUAG